GGGGCAUCGGUGCAGGGGGCGGAGUCCAACUGUCUGUACAAUGGCCAGAAAUGUUGACUGAAUAACCCGCGCCAUCUUGUUGUGACUCCUCUACGUGCGUGGAAGAGUGACUUCAAGGGGGAUCCAGUCACGUCUUUCCUUUCCUUUUAUUUUUUUUAUAGACGAGAAGAUUGGAUCCCAGGCAGAAGCAUUUGAAUCUAUCUAUUUAGCAUUUUUAAUUCAUUUCCCCAAUCGUUUUUGGACCAUAGCAAGAACCAGAGAUGAGUAUCGAGACGCUUUUAGAGGCGGCGAAGUUUUUGGAAUUGCAAGCCCUGCAACAACAGAAAGCACGUGAAGAGAAUGAACUUCAGGAAAGGCGGCGUCGUGAGCAGGAGUCGGAGAAGCGGAGAGCAGAAGUUAACUCUCAUACUCAGCCCAUUCGAAUUAACCAUGUGACCUGGGUGGAGGAGUCUGGACCUGAGCACCGCCACAUACCUGCCCCAGCCCAGCCUCCUCCCCCUCCCCCCACCAUGCCCAUCACAGUCAUCCCCAUUCCGGUGGUGUCCUCCACUUCUCCCACCCUGCCCCCACCCCCCACCACAGCUCUCAGCCCGUCGGCAGCACCCCGCCUUACGCCACCCAGAAAAGACACCCAUUCACUGCCAAACCAGCAGGCACUUCACCAGUGCCCCCUCAUCUCAUCUCAGGUGAAGGCAGAGCCCACAUCACUGUCUCAAUCCAAUGGCAACAAACCAGCCCAGCAGCUCCAGACCUACCUGGGCUCCAUCGUCACAGCUUCCCAGCAUGCACUUCUCCCUCAGCCUGGACCUCCUUCAGCCCAACCCAGCCCUGCGGUCAGAAGCAGCCCGCCCGAUGACCACCGUAAUUUGGACGGCAAGAAGAGACCUGGAGGGGCAGGAACGAGGGAAGUGCACAAUAAGCUUGAAAAAAAUAGACGUGCUCACUUAAAGGAGUGUUUUGAGACCCUGAAGAAAAACAUCCCUCAUGUUGACGAAAAGAAGACCUCCAAUCUGAGCGUUCUGAGAAGUGCUUUGAGAUACAUUCAGCUUGCGCCAACAGUUGUACACGGAAGCAGCUCCAGGUGGAUGUCGUAUGAGAAUGUGAUCCGUAUACUGGGAGGUGAGGACCCCGCAGGCACUACCUCCGCCCCAGACCCAUGUAGUGACCGUGGCCAGCCUGCAGCCUUCCGUCAUCGCACAUGCGGGAUCGGCAUCGCACGCCUCAGUCAUCCAAACCGUCAACCGGGUGAUCCAGCCGGGCUCCAAGCAUGUGGCCCACAUCGCCCCUUCCUCCUCGAGCUCGGGCCCGCUUUGACCUCAACCCCAGCACAGGCUCCUAACGGCCCGGCAUCCGCUCCUGCCGCGCAGGUGGUGACCCCGCUGGCACUACCUCCGCCCCAGACCCAUGUAGUGACCGUGGCCAGCCUGCAGCCUUCCGUCAUCGCACAUGCGGGAUCAGCAUCGCACGCCUCAGUCAUCCAAACCGUCAACCGGGUGAUCCAGCCGGGCUCCAAGCAUGUGGCCCACAUCGCCCCUUCCUCCUCGAGCUCGGUGCAGCUGGCCCCCGGACCUCAAUCUAUUAGCCACAUCACUGUCGCCCAUCUUCCGGCAAUCUACUCUCAGCCUGUCACAGUCACACAGCCGGCUGUCAUGAGUCACAUCGCGCAAACGCUCUCUCACAGCCAGAUGAAUGGCACUUCGGUGACCAGCACGCAAGCCGCCGUGGUGGGCAAGCAGAUGCCAGUGGGCGCUCAGAUGGUUAACCAUCACCCUCAACUGGUGGGCCAGACCGUCCUCAACCCUGUCACCAUGGUGACCAUGCCCUCCUUCCCAGUCAGCACGCUAAAGCUGGCCUGAAGCGCUGACAUACAGACCCCUAGAUAGAGUAUAGACACUUAUAGACUGGCCCGCCUUGUCCGCCCCGUUUGAGACUGCAGCCACAUGCAGCACUGCAUUCAAACAAACUAUAAAGCUAAAGGACACCGUACAUUCCAAAUGAAACGAAAGUAUAUAAAGCAACACAAAGAAAUUUAUUGAAUGUCAAAUACUAUAUAAUGAUAUAUAAUAAAAGAGAUGUUUUAUCUUUAUGUGUGGGCAAAGGCAAAGUCGAGAGUGCUUGUGUGCUGCUCAGUGUGUUUUAGGCUCUAGUGGAGUGUAUUAUGAUGAAACUGUGGUCCGAUCCCAGCCUAGAUUGACCCUUAGCCAGCCUAAUAUGCGUGACUACUGGUUUAAAUGACUUAGUGAAAAGGCAGCCCCCAUAAUACCUCACACUAGCUCCUCAACUAACAGCACACCUCAUGUGAAGACUCUUCUCAGCUCCCGCUAGACCAGGUUUAAUGUACUGUGUUGUGACUGAUGUAAAUCCUAAACCGGUUCUUGAAGUCCCUAUAGUUCUUAAAGAGAUAGUUUAUGUCGUUCCAACCUGUGUGACUUUCUUUCUUCUGCAAAAC